UGUCGGUAAUCUGAGGAUUUUUAUUCCAGGUCUCCUUGACAGAUGGAAAACCUGAAGUAACCUCAGGCUAGCUAACCUUGUGUUUUUGGAAAACUAGACUUGCUGGUGAAGUCACUGGGGGUAAUAGGAUAUUAGCUCACUUGCGUGGCCGUGUAUACAGUGUUGCAGCAGCGUUCCAACACAGACGAACCAAAAUACACGAAGUGUUCCCGGGGUUUUUAGAACUUCAACUAUAAAAAUGGGCAGAAUUUUCCUUGAUCAUAUCGGUGGUACCCGUCUGUUUUCUUGUGCAAACUGCGAUACAAUCCUGACCAACCGCUCAGAACUCAUCUCCACUCGCUUCACAGGCGCCACUGGCAGAGCAUUUCUUUUUAACAAGGUAGUUAACCUGCAGUACAGUGAAGUUCAGGACCGGGUCAUGCUCACCGGCCGCCACAUGGUUCGAGAUGUGAGCUGCAAGAACUGCAAUAGCAAACUGGGCUGGAUCUAUGAGUUUGCCACUGAAGACAGCCAGCGCUAUAAGGAAGGCCGUGUGAUCCUGGAACGCGCCCUAGUACGAGAGAGCGAGGGCUUCGAGGAGCACGUACCAUCUGAUAACUCUUGAAGAAAAAGAGAUAACUCCAUCUUUUCCCAGGUCUCCUUCACUGAAAACAAAAAUCUACUUACAUACACUGUCACCUUAGCAUCAGGGUCGGAUUCAUGAACUGCGGAACAAGAGGUUGUGAGAAUCUAAGAUGGAACCUUUCUUUUCUUUCUUUCUUUUUUUUUUAAUUUUCAAUUUUCCAUCCAGCAGCAGUGUGUAGAGAGAAUAUUAUGCAGAUGCCGUUUUUUUUUUUUUUCCUAUGUUUACAUCUUCAGGCAGAAUAGUCUAUCUGCAGCUACAUGAUGGGCUAUGUGAGGGAAAAAAAUCUGGGCUGUUAGAGUGAAAAAGUGUGUUUUAUGUAAAUUUUGAAAGGAAAACGUGUCAAGAGCAUGGUUUUUAAACUUAUUUGGGCUUCAUUUAAAAAAAAUGUUUUUUAAACCCAGUUAUUUCACUUGAUUUGCUAGCUUCAGGGAAGAGAUCCGAAUUUGUGACCAGCGCUAAAGGUUCAGUGUUAGUAUGGCUUGUGCUGGCCGCUGUGCCAUAUUCUUGUUGGAGAUGAACCGUAGCACCAGAGCCCAUCCUUCCUCGUCAGUCUUGACCCAAAGAUGUCACCAUUCCUAGUUAUUUGUCACCACAUAAUUGGUGUUGAUUGGAAACUUUUCCUGAAAUGGGGCAGAACUGCUUGGUUGUCUUUUCCAUGUAACUUAAGCAUAGUAAUAUAAAUAAAGUAAUAGUUGGAUGUUUUUGGUCCUGUGUUGCUUUUAAAAACAACCUUCUAAAAGAAGAGCGGAGUAUUUGAUCAGUAAUUCUCAUCGUAGUGUUUCUUUUCCUCUCUCGAGCUAAAUUGACUGUGUAGAAGAGAUUACUCUGUGUAAAUUAAAGCAUACCGUUUAAAUCCAUAGUACUGCGUUUAGAAAAGAGUUGAACAGAAUGUCAGUGUGCGUUCAUGCAGAAGGCAUUUCAUCUGCAUCUGUUUUAAAAGAAGGGGGAAGAUGAAGGAGCCUAUCUAAAAAUAAUGCUUUGCAGUGCGUUUUCAGCCUUAUCCUGUUUUGUGUUCAUUUCGACAAGUCUGUAGAACCUAAUAGUUUCAUCAGAGGACUAGAUGUGUCAUUAGCAUUAUUUUCUCAGAUCUUCCCUCAGAAGUUCAGCUAUUGAAAUUAAAACUGUACUUGGUCCCUUCAGGGAUCAAAUUUGACUCAGGGUGUUAUUUUAGCCCCAAACUUACAACAUUAUGAAGUAUUAAAAUAUAAAUGUUUCUUUAUCCAAACUACUUCUAGCUAUUCUAGUAUUUGUUUCUGGUGGAAUAAAUGACAUUAAAAUUGGCUAAUUAUUUAAGUGUAUGAAUGGAUGUUUGAGUGCUCAAUCUCUAGGUCUUUGUCUAGAAAGGAUGUUUGCCCCAACUAGCAAAAUCUUUCUGUCAUUGAUAUUAGAAGUGACUUCUGAGUACAGUUAAGAUUAAGUUUCUCUUCUUUGCCUUGGUUAGAGGCAUAGGUCUCUGAUUAAGUAGGUGUAUAAUAUUGCAUUUGAGAUAAAUGGACACAAAUGAUCUUUCCUUCACCAUGGAAUAAAUCUUGAAGCUUUAAGAAAGAAACAGCUUUCAUUCCCAUUCAUUUCCAUACUGGCCUUUGAUUAUAUGCAGAACCCUGGUAGCAUGCCUUACCUGCAGCACUAUGUGCAUUUGCUGUCACAAUAAAGUAUAUUUUGUCUUGCA